CAAAAGCCACUUUGCAGUGUGACUUCGAUCACAGAGCAAAAUUGSCCUUGAAAGAUAAGUUACGACUUCUCCAAGUCAUUUUAACUGGCGAUCUCUAUUAACCAGGCUGUAAUACCUUAGUAAGAUUUCAAAAGAUUCAAAAAGUGACGUGAUUUUUUUGCCUGCUUUGCAUAAUAGUCUAAAGUUUCGGUGAUGUGACGAAUCAAGUGAGGUGUGCCAUUCCAAAUUUUUCCGUUUUGACUUUGUUAACUUCACAACAUUGUUUACGAACAAUCGAAGAAGGAACUUUCACUUGAUACAAGAGACAGGAACUUGGAACAAAAGGGAAAAGAAAAUACAGCUAUAGAAUGGCAACAAUCCCAGAGGAUGACGGGCUGGAGCUUAAAUCAGUUGCAUCAUCAGAAGAAAAAGAGAAAACAAAACAAGCCAAAUCUGAUUACAAAAGAACUCAUUCCUACCCCGAGGACAAGAAAUCUGUUAUCAAGAAAGCUCACCAUCACAAAUCACAUGGAAGUCAUCCUGAAAUGAUCCAUCGGAUGCAGUCAAGAGGUCCUUUGACUGUAGCYGUGUUUCUUGUUGAGAAGGCUGUUCGUCUCUUGAAUUUAGAAGAUGGAAAGAGUGCUACUGCUGGUUCCAUGUCCAAAAUAAUGAGGGAGACACUAAGUCUACCUGCUGAAGCUGACAAAGCUUUUUGUAUUUGGCUAAAAUCACCAUURCUGCAACUGCAGUUAAAAGAUCAUCAUGURCCCUAYAGGUUGAGGAAGGUUUGGCCAGAACUUCUUCAAAAAUUUACMAAUGCAAACCAUGAAGCUAUUGAAAUUGAUGAACCUAUCCUUAGCUAUCAGAGAAAUUCAUUUUACCCUUUGCAAGAUGAAAAGAAGAUUGAAGAUAAUGGAUCAAUAAAAAGACUGUUUGAAGAGGCAAGAAACAAUGUCCUMUCUGGACUUUAUCCAGUCACAAAACAAGAGAGCAUCAAACUUGGAGGUGUCCUUUUAGCUCUUCAAAAUGGCAAAUUCAAUGAAAAUAUCCACAAACUUGGAUUCCUCAAGACACUUGGGGACAAGAUAACAGAAUAUCUACCUAUAUCUGCUUGCAAAGUAGGUUGGCUUCACAGUCGCUCUGCUCGAACCACUCUUGAACAACAACUKCUGGAUAGUUACAAAGAAGCAUCAGCGUGCACGUCUGGUCUUCCAGGWUUUUAUAAGCUCUUUUUGGAACGAUGCUGGAGCCUUCCUUAUUAUGGGAGUGUGUUUUUCACUGGUCAGAUUGAGCAACCAUCAAAACGAUUUUCUAGCUUACUUGGCAAGUCAGACCUUCCUGUUAAAGUUGCUGUGAAUAGAGAAAAAAUCCAUAUUAUUGAUGAAACUAAAAAUGAUAUUCUCUUAUCUCUGGGUUUUGAUGAACUUUCAUGGGACUACACACCAGCAGAUGAGGGAGAUGAAGACUGUCUUGCUACUUUCUGGGUAGARUUUGAUUCCAAGGAAGAUGAUGGCACUACAACAGUGCAAAGACUCCAGAUCUUYUCCAAGCAAGCUGUGAUGAUWGAUGCCAUGGUAUCGUCUUGUGUUGAGUGYGAGGAAGAUAUUGAUGAACACACAACUUGUGAAGGCGAAGGUGGAGGGGCCAUAAGAUGCCGCAUUGACCGUCUAAGUUUAUCAAAGCUUGAAGGACAUUUAGCAAGGAAGAAGAAGACCAAUGUGUCAUUUGUUAAUCCUUUCAGUCGCCCACAAAGACAGAUGUCUAACCCAUCAGGAGAUACUCCAAGAUAGUAAACACUUUCACAUUAAUUUUGAUACCAUAAAUAAUACUUGCUUGAAUAAAUAAUUCAACCCAAGUGUUUAAAACACUACGUUAAAUAAAAAUAGACAGUGCCUUGUUUCCUGAAAACAUGAUUUUCGAUUCAAACAUUGUACUAAUGUAUUAUUUUAGUAAGAAAUAAUGAAAUAUGAUAAUUAUUGCUAUUAAUAAUGGUUAUUUUUGUGACAGAGCAUAAUACUAGUAGCAUUUCAUGCUAAGAUAAACAGUGUAAAAACUAACAUGUAAUAUUUGUAGAGCAUAGUUAAGCAAUACAUAGUAACCGCUAAUUAGUAGUAGCAUAGUUACUAACUAAAGAGAGUUUUAUUUUUUUGCUUUUAAUAUUCCCACCAGAUAGUGGUAUUUCUGUCUGUAAAUUACAGCUUUUUCAUAAAAGUCAUCUGAAUAGUAUGACAGGUUCAAAUUAGCAUUGUUGCCAUGCUAAAUAAUAAUACAGCAUAAAUGCUGAAAUUGUAGUCUGUUUACCACAUAUUACUACUGGCAAGUAGUUGUGGAAGAAAGAAAAAGAUCCAAAAAUGUCUCUAACGAGUUAUUGGGUUGCCUGUGUAAAUUUUUUUCGAAUGUAGCAAUGAUAGGAAGUAGGGACAGCUGAAAGCUUAACAAAAAAAGAGGCUGCAUUUAUAAACAAAGAACUAUACAAUGAUAAUUAAGACAAUUGAGUAAAUAAAAUGUCUUGUAGUUGUAUAUAGUAUUGAAGUCAAUAAAAGUAUUAAUUAAAAAUCAAA